CAGCAGGGAAGGAAUUUUAAUGGUGGAGUUCGACGGUUCUUUGACUUGAACAAGGAUUAUACUGUGCUCGGUGAGAAUAACUGCAUAUCAAGUGAAACGAGUUUUUAUCAGCUGUUCAUUUCUAUGUUUUUAUAUGAUUUUCAGACAAUGUGAAUUGCAGUGACGGAUAGCACAACUGGGUUUACCAUGUGGGCCGUAUUUAGCGGGAAUAAGUGCAAUAAAUGGAAGAUUAACUCCGCGGUGCACCUAUCAAUAUGUGUCUCCUCUUCUAACAAUGCGUUCGCAGGGUGCCCGUUACCCUAUUCACAGGAUUAUAGCUCAGCAAAGUACAUUGCUUGUCUACGCCCUGGCGUUUAUUACACUUUUUCCCGUUAAACUAACAGUGGCCGAGUCCGACGUUUGCUAUUACGACGAAGAGGCAGAAGUUAUCUUCGAAGAUGAACUGUACGCAACAAGCCUGUCUUCGAGUGCCUGGUUGAGCGUGCCUGGCGUGGCUAUAUUCUUAUUUUUGGUUGCAGGAAUAGUUAUAUGUAGCUAUGGGUCUAGUUGGUUUGUACGGUCGUACAUGGAAACAUGCUGUGAGAAAUGUUGGAGUUGUGGAAAGGAGAGCCUUGCCGACACAGACUCGACAGUAGAUCUCCCGGUGUAUAAGGAUAAGAAGGCUAACAAUAAAUACGAGAAACAGGAUUAUAAAAAAACGAAAGAAAACGCAAAAACUGAGAAAGAAAAAGAAGCAAAAAUUGACAUUGACCGAGAAGGUAGCACGGCAACAGAAACUGACUGGGAAGUGAAGGUCAAUGAGUUUUUACGCGAUAUGCCCGAUGGUUCAAGUGUCAAUCACUUGUACACGGAGGAUGCACGAGUACGAAAAACUAGUUCCAGUAGUUGUAAUGGCCACGUGUUGAACGUCGAGGAAAUACACACAGACACUGAAUCUCCGAGAACUCCAGCCAAAGUUGUUAAAGUGGGAGACGAGGCGCAAUUAAAUGGAGUGCAAUCAACAAGUGGCACUCGUGUAGUAGUUGCAGGGGCGGCAGUUACUGCACAAAAAGCCCCAAAUGGGACAUCUAAGAGCAAUAACCGUUCUGUUACUGCCCAGAAGGCCGGCUCGGUUACCACAAAGACAACUACAGCACCGAGAACUGGUAACCAGCCCAACCGGCCUACUACAGCGCAGAGAACUGGUACCUCACCAGUGAGACCAACAACAGCGCAGAGAACUGGUACCCAGCCGACCAGACCAACUACAGCGCAGAGAACUGGUACCCAGCCGACCAGACCAACUACAGCUCAGAGAACUGGUACAGAGUCAACUAGACCAACAACAGCACAUAAAACUGGUACCCAACCAGUGAGACCAGUUACAGCGCAGAGAGCUGGUACUCAGCCGACCAGACCGACUACAGCGCAAAGAACUGGUACUCAGCCGACUAGACCGACUACAGCGCAGAGAACUGGUGUUCAGGCGGCUAGACCAACAACAGCGCAGAAACCUGGUACGCAACCAGUGCGACCAACUACAGCACAGAAUAAUAGACCGACAACAGCACAAAAAACGGCAAAGGUUUCCCCCGAACCACCGCAAACAAGCAGACAAGGGGAACGACCACUCACUGGUAGUAGCGGAGUUUCGAUUCCCACCACACCGACCAGCGCGAGACGCCGAGAAGAAAAGAAGAAAUUUGACCGUGCAUGGAAUUCCGUCCAAACAAUCCAGCCGCUUAAUCUUGAUGAUGAUGACCAUUUACAAAUUAUUGCGAAACCCGAACCUCCUAAACCAUUGGUGGGACUCAGAAGGCCAAGUGUAAUACAGCAACAGUUUCGAACAACAGGCCGUAUAUCUAAAUCAAUUCGGCGUGACAGUGUGUUACCACGUGAUUCCCCGCCUAAAACACCCAGUGCCGAUCAAAGGUAGCAUUGCAAUCACAAUUAUUGAAAACAUCUUUUCUGGGAAAAGAAAGAAAAAGAACUUUAGUCAAGUUCAAAUGACAGUCAUAAACUUCUCACAGAAUACGAACUUCGUGUUGCAUAUAACGCUUAGAAGACAGAGACCAAUAAUGUUAUGCAAAAACGAUAGCUUUAAUUAAAAUUCAGCGGCAGUUUUAACACCCUAUUGUCACAGCUCAGACUACUUCAGUAUUUUGUGACUGUCAAUAUAUCAUCUUCUUACAGCCAUGGCAACCAUGAUAUUAUUAUAUAUAUAUAUACUUUUCACGUGUAUUUUCUAUGGCGCACAAAUGAGUUACUCCAGCCAUGUAUAGGUCACGCCCUCUAUGGACGAAGCCUGUUUGUGACGUCAAAAAAACACCCAUUGAAAGCGGCAACUGCAUGUUUCUAUGUAACUGUUCAGCGCUUAGAUUGUAUCAAUAUUUCAAAGUACAUUAUUGCGUCAUUGACGUACGACUACAGUCAUAACAAUAUUGAAGUGUGAAUCCAGUCAACCACUUACGUCACGAAACGUGUUUCGUCACAAGAGGGCGCAACUUCUUAGACUGGUGUGUUACGACUAUACAAGUCAUUAAAGCUGACGGUAUUAGGCUUUUGUUUACGUAACAAAACGUGUCUUUUUGUGCAAGCAGGUCGAUCAAGAUAAGUUGGUUGAAUUAUUGAUUAAGUUUAAAAUGCUUAUUAUUUAUUUAUGAUAUUCGUGUUCAGUAAUCCAACAAGAGACGAUCUUUGCCCUUUGAAAUCUACAAUUCACAAUUGUUUUUAUCAUUUAUCACAAAUACCACCUGUACCGUACCUUUAAUUUAUUAAGAACAUCGGCAUACUCUAAAAAAGUUACGUGUCCUAGGCAAGAUAUUAGUAUAUGAACGAGCACGUAGCACCCUGGAUAUCAAACGACGCCGUGGUAUUUAUUUACAUGUGUCUAAUAAUGAACACUAAACUUUACCAGGUACCACGGAUAGUUAAUUAACAAUUUAUAAACGUGUGACUUUUUAUAAUAAUAAGGCACACAUUCAAAAGGCGUAUAUUAUUCACACUUAUUGAGUUGUUACCGAUAGUUUGGCUUGCAGGCAUUCUAACCAAUCUUCUCUGGACAUUGACAGUUUGCAUAGAAGGCACCCCAACCCAUGUACGUGAUGUAAUUACACUGAAAUAUAAGCAACUAUACAUUUACA